CAUCGACAAGACUCGUUCUAACCCUGUGGUGUGUUUGUAACAGUGAAACAGAACACACACGUUGUAGCAUCCAGGACAACAGAGGCUCGAUCAUGUUCAUCUUUAUGAUUCUGGGUCUGCUGGCUGGCAUCCAGGCACAAGGAACUCCUCGGUUUGUGCAGACAGGAACAGAUUUACUUCUGGAUGUGAAGAAACCUGUUGAUCUGAAGGACAUAGAUUUAUUUGCAUGGAGUGUUGGCAGUGUUGCUGUUGUGAGACUAAAUCAUGGUCGCAAACCAACCUUUUCCCCAAAUUAUGCAUCUAGAGCAGAAUUGUCUGCACAAACUCACUCUCUACUGUUAAAGAACGUACAAAAGAGGGACAGUGGAGUUUACAGAGCGCGUGUUUUUGCUAACGAUGCCAUCACUGUAGCUGAAUACAACGUCACAGUUCUGGAUCCAGUGUCUGGAGUGAAGCUGACAGUGAAACCCUGCAGCUCAGACUCCACUAACGUCACAAUGAUCUGCAGCACUGAGGACUCUCUCAUCAGCAGCACGUUCACAUGUAACAACCAAACCUGCUCUCACGAGGGAGGAGAGCGAGCAGAGAUCAUCACACCUGGUGCUUCUCUGGACGUCUACCUGGAGAACAGCUCAGUCAUCUGUAACCAUAGCAACCAGGUCAGCUCUACAAGGGACAUCCAAAAGAUUGAAGACUUUUGUGUAAAGCCUGAAGUGACUCCUCGGUUUGUGCAGACAGGAACAGAUUUACUUCUGGAUGUGAAGAAACCUGUUGAUCUGAAGGACAUAGAUUUAUUUACAUGGAGUGUCAAUGGCAGUGUUGCUGUUGUGAGACUAAAUCAUGGUGGUAAACCAGUCAUUUCCCCAAAUUUUAAAUCUAGAGCAGAAUUGUCUGCACAAACUCACUCUCUACUGUUAAAGAACGUACAAAAGAGGGACAGCGGAGUUUACAGAGCACGUGUUGCUGCUGAGAGGAACUCAGAUGUAGCUGAAUACAACGUCACAGUUCUGGAUCCAGUGUCUGGAGUGAAGCUGACAGUGAAACUCUGCAGCUCAGACUCCACUAACGUCACAGUGAUCUGCAGCACUGAGGACUCUCUCAUCAGCAGCACGUUCACAGGUGACACACAAACCUGCUCUCACGAGGGAGGAGAGCGAGCAGAGAUCAUCACACCUGGUGGUUCUCUGGACGUCUACCUGGAGCACGGCUCAGUCAUCUGUAACCAUAGCAACCAGGUCAGCUAUACAAGGGACAUCCAAAAGAUUGAAGAUCUUUGUAGAAAGCCUGAAGAGAUAUCUGGGGUUGGUUUCUCUAUCUACAGGCUGAAGAUAUACGUGGUCUCGAUCGGUCUGGUCAUCAUGAUGUGUGCCGUCAUCAGUGUUCACGUCGUAGAGAAGCUUAAGAAGAAAAAAUAAACAACCACCUCUCCCCCAACAAUCCUCUGUGGAGAGUUUGACCACUAGUAGCACAAUGGAGCUACUUGUUUUCUUUUCUUUUUUGACUGAAUAUGUGUGACUUUUGUUUAAGCUGUGUGUAUGUGAGUCUGCAGGGGGCACGGUGGUAUAUACACACUUAUUUCACAGACUUCAUGCUAUUCCACUGAUGGACUGUUGGUGGCGGUAAAACACAGAGAAAUGAAGUUUGAGGAGGCAGAGGAAGAAUAUCAGCAAACAUGGAUGCAAAUAAUGAAGAGAGUAAAAAUACCUGUACAAUUCUG